AUGGACUCUCUCCUCCCCAUCGACAAAGAGACCCAGUUCCACCCGCACCUCGGCAAUGCCACUCGGGAACGGGCGAAUAGCACCCUGCACACAUCAAUCAUGGCCUCAUCAAUGGCGUUGAGGAGGUUUGCUGCCAAGCCCGCUUUCUCCCAGGCGCGCGCAUUCUCUACAACUAGAUCCGCCGCGCGGAUCUUCGCGAACCAACACCUCCGCGCAAAGGAGGCUUCUCCCUACCUUUCCAGCAAGUACCCCGUUGUCGACCAUGAGUACGAUGCCAUCGUUGUCGGUGCCGGUGGUGCUGGUCUCCGUGCCGCUUUCGGUCUCGCAGAGGCUGGCUUCAACACUGCCUGUAUCUCAAAGCUUUUUCCCACCAGAAGUCACACUGUUGCCGCUCAGGGUGGCAUCAACGCCGCCCUCGGAAACAUGCACGAGGAUGAUUGGAGAUGGCACAUGUACGAUACCGUCAAGGGUUCAGAUUGGCUCGGUGACCAGGAUGCCAUUCACUAUAUGACCCGCGAGGCGCCCGCUUCCAUUGUUGAGCUCGAGAACUACGGAUGCCCCUUUUCCAGAACCGAAGAUGGCAAGAUUUACCAGCGUGCCUUUGGUGGACAGUCCCAGAAGUUCGGCAAGGGUGGGCAGGCUUACAGAUGCUGUGCUGCUGAGGAUCGUACCGGUCACGCUCUUCUCCACACUCUCUACGGACAGUCUCUCCGCCACAACACCAAUUACUUCAUCGAAUUCUUCGCCCUCGACCUGAUCAUGCAGGAUGGCGAGUGCCGCGGUGUCGUCGCCUACAACCAGGAGGACGGUACUCUGCACCGUUUCCUUGCUAACCACACUGUCUUGGCCACUGGAGGAUACGGACGUGCCUACUUUUCUUGCACAUCUGCGCACACCUGCACUGGUGACGGUAUGGCCAUGGUUGCCCGUGCCGGUCUUCCCAACCAGGAUUUGGAGUUUGUUCAGUUCCACCCCACCGGUAUUUACGGCGCCGGCUGCUUGAUCACUGAGGGUGCUCGUGGUGAGGGCGGCUACCUGCUGAACUCCGAGGGUGAGCGCUUUAUGGAGCGUUACGCCCCCACCGCCAAGGAUCUUGCCUCCCGUGACGUCGUCUCCCGUUCCAUGACGAUGGAGAUCCGCGAGGGACGUGGUGUUGGCGAAGAUAAGGACCACAUCUUCCUGCAGCUCAGCCAUCUGCCCGCUGAGGUUCUUCACGAGCGUCUGCCCGGUAUCUCCGAGACCGCUGGCAUCUUUGCCGGUGUCGACGUCCGCACCCAGCCUAUUCCCGUUCUGCCUACUGUCCACUACAACAUGGGUGGUAUCCCUACCAAGUACACCGGUGAGGUUAUCACCGUUGACGAGUCCGGCAACGACAAGGUCGUCCCCGGUCUGUUCGCCUGUGGUGAGGCCGCAUGUGUCUCCGUUCACGGUGCCAACCGUCUUGGUGCCAACUCUCUCCUCGACUUGGUCGUUUUCGGCCGUGCCGUGUCCCACACCAUCCGUGACAAGUUCACUCCUGGUACCAAGCACAAGCCUCUGGCUGCUGACGCUGGUGCUGAGGCUAUUCAGACUCUGGAUGACGUUCGCACGCGCGAGGGUAGCAGAACCACUUCUGACGUUCGUCUGUCCAUGCAGAAGGCUAUGCAGACUGAGGUCAGCGUUUUCAGAACACAGGAGUCUCUGGACGAGGGUGUUCGCAAGAUGACCGAGAUUGACGCACAGUUCCCUGAUGUUUCUAUCAAGGACAAGAGCAUGAUCUGGAACUCUGACUUGGUUGAGACACUUGAGCUCCGCAACCUUUUGACCUGCGCCUCCCAAACCGCCACUUCCGCCGCCGCUCGCAAGGAGUCUCGUGGUGCCCACGCCCGCGAGGACUUCCCCGACCGUGACGACGUCAACUGGAUGAAGCACACCCUUUCCUUCCAAAAGAGCCCCCACGGCAAGGUCGACCUCGGCUACCGUGGCGUCAUUGCCAACACUCUGGACGAGAACGAGUGCAAGGCUGUUCCUCCCUUCAAGCGUGUGUACUAA